AUGCAUCUCCAAUCCAGCGAGUCCACCGGCCCCGGCGCCACCGUGGACGGCAAGUUCGACAACACGUCCAAGUCCUCCUCGCUGCCCUUCGGCCAAAACAUUUCCCUCUCAUCCGUCUCCGGCCCAACGUACUUGACCGCGCAGACGUUGAUCCAGCAGGUCUCGUACGCCCUCUCCUCGACCCUCUUCACAUACUCGCCAUCGUCCUGGGAUCUCGACGUCGCUGCGAAAAGCUGGUCCGCCACCGGCUCUCGCAAUGCCAGUGGAGAUGUCCCUUCCGUCUAUGCGCUCGAGACUCGUCAUGGAGCUGGCGCGAUGGCGUUGGGGUAUAUGUUCAGCCCGGACUUCGAUCUCUCGAAGCGCCACGUACCUCAAUCAAUCCUGGCUUCGGCGGCGAGUCUGGAGUACUUGCGCCCGAGUCUCGAUCAAUUGAGCUUGCUCUAUGAUGUCGCGAACCCAACAGCGCUGCAAGUUGCGGCGGUAGACUAUGCGCCAGAGACCAAGACCGGCCUGGUGACGGAUUAUGUCUCCGCACUGAAUGUGGCGGAAGAGAUGGGCAUGGGGUUGGUGGCCAGCAAGAGUGCGUUCGAGGUGCAGCAUAUGGCGCUUUUGUCUACGAUUAUGGCGAGUGUGGUGCCGGCGAUGCAUACGUAUGAUGGGAUCACGGUGGGGAGGGAGACGACGAGGGUCAUUGACGUGUUGAAUGUGGACGGGUUGAAGAAGGUGUAUGAUGCUGUGCUGGAAGGUGCGAAAGGCGAUUUGGGCAGCAAGAGAUUGACGAACGAGGGUAAGGUGGCGAAGUUGGUGCAGGCGUUCAAUGCAGAGCUGGGGACAGAGUAUAAGUGCUUCGAGUACUCUGGACACCAGGCGCCGACGAACGUGCUGGUCGUCUUUGGCACGGUCGAGUCGAGCUUGUCCGCGCAGGUGGCGGAGAAGCUGGUCGAGCAGGACGUCAAGGUCGGCGUGAUCAAUGUUCGCGUCUACCGUCCCUUUGUUGAGGAGGAGUUCCUCGCCGCCUUGCCAUCGGGCGUCCAGCAGGUUACUGUGCUCGGCCAGGUCAAGGACCAGACCAGCGUCACGGACAACAGCAUCUCCAGCAACCUUUACGCCGACGUUUUGGCUGCGGUAAACUUCCAGAGCAUGAACGUUGGCAGUGAGCCGAGUGUUUACGACAUCAAGUACGCUCGCGAUGUAGUUUGGACGGUGCACCGUAUGGAACGACUUCUUCGCCACGUUGCGACUGCGCCUGGUAAGGAAGCAGAGCCGGCGCCGCCUAUCACGCUUACGAGCGAAGAGACGAGGCAAUAUACUUUCUGGGAUGUUGAGACCAGCGUGGGCGCUGAAGCCCCUAUGAUGCUGGGCCAGCUGUUGUCUGAUGACAGCGCGUUGAACGUGACUGUUCGCAGUGGCCGCGACAAUCUGGUUCAAGGCGGCGCCGUUCGGACGGACUUGCGUUGCUCGCCUAAGAGCAUCGAGGCUGCAUACAGCGUCAAGGAGGCUGAUGUUGUAGUUGUGGGCGAGGAGAAGCUCAUCAAAGAGUUCAACGUCGUCGAGAGCUUGAAAGAAGGAGGCUCGCUGAUCCUCAAGUCCGCUGGAUGGAAAGAUGAAGACGUCGAGAAGAAGCUCAGCACACCUAUGCGCAAAGCUAUUGCUACGAAGAAGGUCAACCUGAUGGUGUUGGACCCGUCCCUCAGCGGCAAGGUUGGAGAAGAGCCAGAGAUGGAGGCAUACCUGCUGCAGCUUGCCUUCUUGAACGUCGCGACCCCAGACGUGUACGAGAAAGGCUUGAAGAAGCUCAUGAGCGCUGGCGAUGCGCUAGAGAAGCUUGCGCAGGAUCUCGACAUCGCGCUGAAGCAGAUCGAGGUGCCCGAAAGCUGGCUCACCGUUGAGUUGGAAGAGAAUGAUGCUCUGCCUCCCACUGAAGACCUGCACGUCAACAGCUUCGGUAUGGUGGACAGGACUGAGGAUGAACCGCCAUCGUACCUUCGUACGUGGGAGACUGCUGCGAGAGGCCUUGCCUUCAAGGAGGCAUACGGCACAGCAACUGCUUUGCGACCAGAUCUUGGGGUCAAGACGGCCAUUGUGCAUGUCAAAGAGCACCGCCGGCUUACGCCCAAGACCUACGAUCGCAACAUCUUCCACAUCGAGUUCGACCUCGGCGAUAGUGGGCUCAAGUAUGAGAUCGGCGAGGCGCUCGGCAUCCACGCUGAGAACAACCAGACUGAUGUUGAGGAGUUCAUCAAGUUCUAUGGCCUCAAUCCGGAGGAGAUCGUCGAGGUACCGACCCGCGACGACUCCUCCGUGCUAGAGAAUCGCACCGUCUACCAAGCCCUGAUGCAGAACGUGGACAUCUUCGGUCGGCCUCCCAAGCGUUUCUACGAGGCCCUCUCCGAGUUCGCCUCCGAUGAAGCAGAGAAGACUCAACUCCUCAUGCUCGGCACUGGUGGCAACCAAGAAGCCGCCAUCGAGUUCAAGCGCCGCGCCGAAGUCGACACGGUCACGUACGCCGACAUCCUGCUCGAGUUCCCAUCCGCUCACCCAAGCUUCCACGACAUCGUCCGCAUCGUCAACCCCAUGAAACGCCGCGAGUACUCCGUCGCUUCCUCCCAAAAGGUGACGCCCAACAGCAUCUCCCUCCUCAUCGUGACAGUCAACUGGGUCGAUCCCAAAGGCCGUGACCGCUUCGGCCAAGCGACCCGCUACCUCGACUUCCUCCCCGUCGGCGCCCCGGUGACGGUCUCCGUCAAACCCUCCGUCAUGAAACUCCCGCCCAAGUCCAGCGCACCAAUCAUCAUGGCCGGUCUCGGCACGGGUCUCGCUCCUUUCCGCGCCUUCGUGCAAGAGCGCGCCUGGCAGCGCGAGCAGGGCAUGCCCAUCGGCGACGUCUUCAUCUACAUGGGCUCUCGCCACCAAAAAGAAGAAUACCUGUACGGCGAGGAGUGGGAAGCGUACCAAGACGCAGGGAUCAUCACGCUGCUCGGCCGUGCGUUUUCGCGCGAUCAGCCGCAGAAGAUCUAUAUUCAGGACAGGAUGCGGGAGACGCUGAGCGAGAUUCGGCGGGCGUAUUUGCGGGAGGAGGGGGCUUUCUACCUGUGUGGACCGACGUGGCCGGUGCCGGAUGUGACGGAGGUGUUGGAGGAGGCGGUGGAGGUGCAGGCGAGGAGUGAGGGGAAGAAGAGGGAUGGGCAUAAGGAGAUUGAGCGCUUGAAGGAGGAGGGGAGGUAUGUGCUUGAGGUGUAUUAG